AUAAAAAAGAAAAAAAAAAAAAAACCUAUUUUCAAUAAAUAUGUAACAGGGCAUGUUUCUGUACCGUGCCUCGUCUCUCCAAGACUCCAAUCCUAGUAACAGAGAAACCUACGUUUCAUCAAAACCAAAACCCACCCCCCAAAGCUGGAUUCAACUCAAUCCAAUUCUGAUGAGCGCAUCAAUGACAAGCAGCGUCGACAGAGCAAAAGCAGACUCAUUGAAAUCGUUCAAGAGAUGGGGAAGGAGGCACCCCUUCAUCCGUUACGGGCUUCCGAUGAUCUCCCUGACCGUGUUCGGCGCCGUCGGCCUCGCACACCUCAUCCAAGGAAGCAAAGACAUCGCCAAGUUCAAAGACGACCAGGAAUGGGAGAUCAUCGAGACCCGCAAAGCUCUCUCCCGCACUGGCCCUGUCAACGCCUAUAAACCCAAGAACAUCUCACUCGAUGAGGAGCUCAAGGCAUUGCAGGAGAAGGUGGACAUUAACAACUACGAUUACAAGAGGAUUCCGCGACCAAGUGAAGAUAAGUCGCACUAGUUUUAGUUGUGUUGGGGUUUAUGUAACAGUUAUGCAUGGAGUUUAUGCAAAUGUAAGAGAUUUUGA